AUGUUGCAGCAAGGCUACUAUGAUGUAGUACAGGCCCACUCGGAAGUGUCAUCCGGUAGUGAGUCGAACAAUAAUACACCCUUCUCGGUAAAGGAUAUUCUUAAUCUGGUCGAUCAGAACGCGGCCGCUGCUGCCGCUGCAGCCGCUGGGGAAGUGGAUUACCUUGGAUGCGCAAUGGACAGCUCACCAAACACAUCACACCUCGGACUGACCUACAAUGGUUACGACAACGGCUACUCGAGCCACGGUGAUCCCUAUCAAAUGAUCCCUCAUGGCUACAUCCCUGCAUCGCAUCACCACCACGAGUACUCCAGUUACAGUCCAUCACCUACCGCUUGCUACGAUUACAACACAAUUCCCACUGUAACGGCAGCCACGUCGGCCAUAGCAGCACCUCCUCCGCCUCCUCACUAUCAUCACCACCCGUUGCCAUCGUACAACUCCUAUCAUCACCACCAUCAUCACCAUCUGUCGCCUCCUUUGAUGGGUGGAGCAUCCAGCAAUGGCAGCAGCGCCCAUACGGAUUUGGAAAUGUCUCUCGGAGUGAUCAGCGAAACAAAGGAAUGCUCCUUUCAGAUACAGGAUGUGCGAUCCACAAAUCCGGCGGCGAUCGACAUGAACGGUAUGAAUACCGAAGGUCCACUCAGUUCCCCACUAGAAGACGCAUCCUGUCAGGUACCAUCGACUCCGGGACGCAAACUUAAGGACGAACCGAACUUUGCCACCACACCAAACAGUUCUAAUCGAGUAACUUCCGAACAUGUACAAGAACUGGAUAGUUUGUGUCAGAUGAACAAUAAUGAGGAAGAUCUAGUGCAAAAAGAAUGCAACUCCCAGCUUGUAACCUCAUCCCGCUGUGAACUACGCAAGAAUGGUAAACUGCGCGCGAAGCGAAAACCCCGCAUCUUGUUCUCGCAAGGACAGGUUCUGGAGCUGGAACGUCGCUUCCGGCAGCAGCGUUACCUUUCGGCACCGGAGCGUGAAACAUUAGCCACCGUGCUGAAGCUCACCCCGACGCAGGUGAAGAUCUGGUUUCAAAACCGUCGCUACAAAUCCAAGCGGAUACAAAUCGAAAACGCCACCGCGGCAAAGGAGGCUUCCACCGGAGCCAGCAAGGAUGGUGACCCAGCGAAGGGUUCCGCUGUCUUGGUGGAGUAUGGUGAUGAACCGGUAGGUAGCUAUCAAAGCGGGUUCGGAUCGCUUGGCCCGGUCGUAACGUCUGUGCCACAAUCGGCCGCGCCUCCGCCACCUCCACCACCUUAUCCGGCAGCAUACGGGAUUCAGUAUGCAAACGGCGAAUCCUACGGAGCAUCUUCAAAUCCAUACUAUGACCAGAAGGGGUACUGGUAG